AAAAUGCUUUACUUGCUAUUUGAUUAAUCACAAAAAUGAAAUAUUGGAACAUAAGUGCAAUAUGUCUCCUGCUAAUUUUAGCGGUAGCGAUUAUAACAUGUGACGCCUCCAGCGGAGACCGUACCCAGUUCUUUCAUAACUGCCGGCAUAAUUGCGAGAGACAAAACUGCUCUGCAGAUGGCAUAGAAAUUCAGGAGCAGGCCAUUAAAUACUACGGACAAUCCAUAUUUGAUCGGCUCUUCCAGUGGACGUGCGCCGACGAGUGCAUGUACUCAUGCAUGUGGAGCACUGUUUUCGCGUUUAUGGAACGGGGUUGGCCCAUUCCUCAGUUUUACGGAAAAUGGCCGUUCCUUAGAUUGUUUGGCAUGCAAGAACCUGCAUCCGUGAUUUUCUCGAUUAUGAAUUUCCUUGUGCAUAUUAAAAUGCUGCGAAAGCUACGCCGGGAGGUGAGGCGGGAUAGCCCUGGGUUUAAGGUGGCCCAUGUUUUUACUUUCUCCUGCCUCAAUGGCUGGAUCUGGUCUGCUAUAUUUCAUACCAGAGAUGUUCCCCUGACCGAGUUGAUGGACUACGUCUUUGCCUACUCCAUUGUAUUAAGCAAUCUAUAUUGUAUGGUAAUGCGCAUGGUGCAUCGCUACUCACUAUUUAUUCGUGGUGUGCUUACUUUAGCCUUCGUCUCGUACUACAUUAACUAUAUUGCAUAUCUGAGCGUCGGCAAGCUGAACUAUUCUUUUAACAUGAAAGUUAACAUUGCAACUGGUGCUCUCGCUACUGUAGGCUGGUUUAUCUGGUGCAGAUUAGUACGAUAUCGACGUCCAUACUAUAAACGUAUAUUACGUUUCUAUGUGCUAUUUACCAUGGCCAUGAGUUUAGAGCUGCUCGAUUUCCCGCCUAUUCUAUGGAUAAUCGAUGCUCACGCCCUGUGGCAUUUGGCUACUGUACCAAUAAUGCCUCUUUACUACGACUUUAUAAUCGAAGAUUGCCAGACGUUGCGUAAAGAGAAAACAUUGGUUGAUGUCAAUUACACGCUGAACAAGAGUAUAUAGAGAAUUUAGAAAAUUGAAUAGCUCUCAUUCACCUAAACUCGCAAUGUAUACAAAAAGUAUUCAUAACUUUAUUAUACAUAUAUAAUAAUAUAAUUAAA